CGAGCCGCGCGCGCGUCGAUCCGGACUCGGAGGACGACGAUCAUGUCGCAGGUUCUCCUGAACACCCUCGACGGCGACACCCGCGUCUUGCGCCUCGAGCGCGCGCCGGAGACGCCGCUCACGCUCGGCGCCCUCCGCGCGAGCGUGGAAUUCGACCAAAAGAUCCCCGCGGACGAGCAGAUCCUCCGCGUCGGCGACCGCGUGUUCGGCCCGCGCGCGGACGCGUCCACGCGGCUCAUCCCCCUUGACGUCGACGAAGCGCGCCGCGACGAAGGAGCGCUUCUUCCGUCGUGCGCGCUCCUGCUCGCCCUGAGCGGCGGCAAAGGCGGCUUCGGAUCGCUCCUGCGCGGCGCCGCCAAGUCCGCGGGGACGACGACCAACUUCAACGCGUGCAGAGAUCUCAGCGGUCGACGCAUCGGCCACGUCAACGCGGAGAAGAAACUUCGCGAGUACGAGGCGCGCGCGGACGAGCGCGCGCUCGAGAAGAUCGCGAUGGAGCACUGCAACCGCAAGGACCUCCAGACGAAGAGGAGGUUCCAGGAGAUCGAGGAGGAAGAGAAGAAGAGAUACGCAGAAGUCGUCACCGUCGCGCUCGAAAACGUCGGCGACGCGGUGCACGACGGCUUGCUCGCCGCGGCGAAGAACGAGAAAAAGGAGCGCGACGCGAGAGAGGCGAACGAGCGCCGCGCGCGAGAGGCGCAGAGGGCGAGGGACCGAGGGAUCUUCGGGUUGGGGGGGCUGAGCGAUUCGGACGAGGACGACGACUCGGACGACUCGGACGAAAAAGACGACGACGACGGGCCCGGGCCGAGACGGAACGCCCCCGCCGGCGAGGUGUACAUCGCGGGGAAAGGGUACGUGGGGAGGGAGAAGAAAAAGGCCCUUCGCGAGGCGGACCCUUCGCGCCCGACGACGCCGCCCGAGGACGAGGCGGCGGCGAAGGCGAACGACGACGCGUCGCCCCCCGCGGAGGAGACGAAGAAGACGACGACGACGACGAGGACGACGACGAAGACGACGGAGCUUCCGGCGGAGAUCAUCCUCGCCGACUACUCGCGCGCGAAAGAACUCGAGGCGUUCGGGUUGGACCGCCUGAAGCGCGAACUGCUGGAGCGAGGGUUGAAGUGCGGCGGGACGCUCGCGGAGCGCGCGGACAGGCUGUUUCUGCUGAAGGAUAAGACGAUCGACGAGAUCGAUCCGAAGUAUCUCCCGCCGAAGAAAAAAGCGAAGAAAUGAUGUCGGUAGGGAGGUUGUAUUGCGUGAAAUCCAGAGGUUGGCUGGGUGCAACGAAUUCCGCUUGCUCGCGGCGCAUCAACUUAGGUUGCUGCAAUCAUCUUUUACUACGUAGGGUGAGCGUUUGUGAUGAUACGAUCACGACUAGACAACGACAUCAUCACGUGACGUGACGUGACGUGACGCACAUCACGCGAGCGUCGGCCACUCCCCCCGCAACGCCGCCUCCAUCGCCUCCCUGCCGACGUACCGCGCGCGGACGACGUUGUCGUCGAACGUCCGACCGUGCAGCGCGAGUUUCGCCGCCGCGCUCGCCGUCGUCGCCGCCGCCGCGGUGCCGGCGAAGGACACGAACACCCUCGUGACGCCCGCGCUCUCGCCGUUCACGAAGGAGGGUGGAACCGGAAUCGCGAUGUCUCCGACCGCACCGUGCUCCUCGCACGCCUCGCGGACGUCCGCCUCGAGGUCUUCGCGUUCGUCCGCGUCCCCCGCCGCCGUCGCGGAUAUCAAAUUUUCGAGGCACAAGACGGCCGUCGCGGGCGCCUCCGCCGCCGCGGGCGCCGCCUCGAGCGCCAAUUUUUGCGCCGCCUGCGUCUCCGGCCGCAGCCCGCUCGGCGCGCCCAUGUUCGGGAACAGCGCGUUCGUCCCCGGGGCCCAGCACACGGGCGUGGACGACGGGAUGUACCCGGGCGGGGGCUCGACGUACCCUUUCGGUCGCCCGACGUUGAUCGGUCGGCCGCACACCUCCAUCUUAUCGAGGUUGAUCGCCGCCGUCGCGAGCUCCUCCGAGCGCAACUCGACGAAUCCAAAUUUCUGCGAGCCGUCCAUCACGAUGUUGAUCACAGGCGGCCCCGCCUCCGCGGCUCUCGGUAAGAUCUGCGACAUGACCGUGUCGAACAG